GUUGGGGUUCGGCAGGCUAGGAGAAACACCAAGUUGUGUCUUCGCGAAUUUCUCUUUCACAAAUUGAAAGUGAGGUGUUUGUGAUGCGAUUUCUGCUGAGAGGCUUCAUGGAGUGAUUGUGCGUUUGAAUAACCGCAGACGUUAAGACAUCUUCUACGUUGGAUCCCCAGGGCAUCGUGGCCAUUGUCUGCUGAGCUUGACAAGAUGCAUCCUGCAGAUGUCAUACUCCCAGUUAUCAUUCCUGCCCUCAUCAUCCUUCAUCUCCUCAUAGCUCCAUAUACCAAGGUCGAGGAAUCCUUCAACAUCCAAGCUACCCACGAUAUCGCGACACACGGCAUAGCAUUCCGAAAUACCUCCGCCUUCUUACAUAGGAAUUAUGAUCAUGUCUCAUUCUCUGGUGCUGUUCCACGCACAUUUGUUGGAGCUCUGGCUCUAGCUGGAAUCUCGAAACCAUUGAUUGCCCUCAAAGGAUACGAAUCUGCGCAAUUGAUAGCAAGAGCCGUUCUAGGACUCUUCAAUGCCUUUGCAUUGUUGAGAUACAAAACUAGCCUGAAUCAAGCUUUUGGACCAGAUGUAGGGAGAUGGUAUAUAUUGCUGCAAGCAGCACAGUUUCAUGUUAUAUAUUAUGCUUCGAGGACCUUGCCAAAUAUGUUUGCGUUCGGACUUACAACGUUUGCUUUUGGAAGUUUUCUUCCUGCUCCGGGAAGUUCGGUCGCUGAGCAGCAGAGAAGGCAGAAGUUUGGGAUCUUCCUCUUCGUGCUUGCUGGGGUGAUAUUUCGGGCUGAGAUUGCAGCUCUGCUGGCUUCACAGCUGUUCUACUUGCUCGUUCAAGGCAGAAUAUCUCUGCAAACCAUCAUAUCGACUGGGAUUGUUAGUGCAAUUAUUGCACUGGUCCUUUCUGUUCCCAUUGAUUCGUACUUUUGGCAAACCCCGAUUUGGCCUGAGCUCGCUGGCUUCUAUUACAAUGCUGUGCAGGGGAAGUCUGCAGAUUGGGGAACUUCUCCGUUCACUUACUAUUUCAGCUCUUUGCUCCCGAAGCUAAUCCUGAAUCCACUUAUUCUACUACUGCUCAUUCCCAUGGGCUUCGCUUUACCUGCAAUCAAAUCACCAUCUCGGGACCUCGUCAUACCCUCUAUCUUGUUCGUUGCAGUUUACAGCUUACAACCGCACAAAGAAGCUCGAUUCAUCAUUUACAUUGUACCGGCUCUCACAGCAGCUGCAUCUCUCUCCGCGUCAUAUAUCUGGAAUCGACGAUCCAAGACCAUCUUGUACCGACUUGGCUCUCUACUAGUCAUAGCAUCCAUUGCUGGCAGCUUUAUAGCUUCAAUGGGCAUGCUUUUCAUCUCCUCACUCAACUAUCCAGGUGGAGAUGCCUUGGCACAAUUUCACGACAUAGUCAAACAUACCAAAUUUGACACCGCACCCAAUGAACUUACCCACACCAAUGUACACAUGGAUGUCUUGUCGUGUAUGACAGGCGUUACUCGCUUCCUUCAGCUGCCUCCUAAUACCGAGCUGAAUGGCAAACUUCUGAAUAUCACGUACGAUAAAACUGAAGAUGAGAAAACAGUCCUCGAACCAGCUUUUUGGGACCAAUUCGAUUAUGCAAUGAUGGAGGAACCAGGAAAAGCAAUUGGGAAAUGGGAAAUUGUCAGUACAGUCUUCGCAUACGCCGGUAUCGAGUUCCUCCGUCCUGGAGACGGGAGUUCGUUUUCUGAAAAUUUGGAACGAGUGUAUGCUGCCAACAAUCUAACGAAGACUGAUGAGCAAGGCAAUGAAGAAGUGUUAGAAGGAAAAGAUGUCGAGGAAGCAGUUGAGAAAAGCGAAGAGGGAAAAGUGGUGUGGGAUGAAGAGAAAGAGAGGGAGAAAAGGGAGAUCAAUGACUUGAAGACGAGAUUGUUGAUGGAGGAGAUUGGAAGAUUUGGGACGUUUAAGCUAGUGAGGGAUAUGGUGAGGGUUGUUACUGGUGGGUGGUGGGUGGGACCUAGGAUGGAGCCUAGGAUUAGGAUUUUGAAGAGGAUUGAGGAUGAAUGAGGGAGUUUAUUCUUGAAAGAAAUAAAGUCUAUGGCAUUGCAGAAUACCCAAGAAACCAAGCGUGCAUAUCUCAAUUACAUGUCCAGCAUGAUUCCAUGACUCAAAG